AAUAACUUGACAUUCACCGGCGCCAUUAAUGGGGAUGUGUACGUGUGGCGGGAUUACUACCUGCUGAGGGUGGUGGCGAAGGCUCAUACAGGGCCAGUCUUUACCAUGUACACUACGCUAAGAGACGGACUCAUCGUGACCGGUGGCAAGGAGAGGCCGACUAAGGAGGGCGGUGCAGUGAAGCUCUGGGAUCAGGAGAUGAAACGUUGUCGAGCGUUCCAGCUGGAGACGGGACAGCAGGUGGAGUGUGUUCGAUCAGUCUGCAGAGGCAAGGGUAAGAUCCUGGUGGGGACGAAGGACGGGGAGAUCAUCGAGGUGGGGGAGAAGAACGCAGCGUGCAACCUGCUGCUGGACAGUCACGCUCGGGGAGGAAUCUGGGGUCUGACCGCUCAUCCUGCUAAAGAGCUCUGCAUCACCGCCAGCGACGACGCCACCAUCAGACUGUGGGACCUCACUGACAAAAAACUGUUGAACAAGGUGUGUGUUGGCCACGCAGCCCGGUGUGUGAGCUACAGCGCAGAUGGAGAGAUGCUAGCGGUGGGGAUGAAGAACGGCGAGUUCCUCAUCCUCCUCUCCAACUCGCUGAAGAUGUGGGCGAAGAAACGAGACCGCAGCGCCACCAUCCAGGACAUCCGGUUCAGUCCAGACCGGCGGCUGUUGGCUGUCGGUUCGGUGGAGAACACGGUGGAUGUGUACGAUGUGAGCGGGGGGCCAAGUCUGAACCGGCUGGUUUACUGCAGCGACAUCCCUGCUUUCAUCCUGCAGCUUGACUUCUCUGCUGACAGCUGUUAUAUACAG